AUGGAGGAGUUUUCCGAGUUCAUGUUUGAUUUGGAUCUAAUGGAUCUUCCGCUUGCUGGGGGUGAGUACACAUGGUCUAACAGUAGGAGAUGGUCGAGAUUGGAUAGGUUUCUUGUCUCUCCUUCUUGGGAAGCCCAUUAUUCGGAGUUGUAUCAAAAGAGGUUGGCCCGAGUUUGUUCGAAUCAUUUUCCUAUUAUGUUAGAUUGUGGAGGCAUUAAUAGGGGUCGUCAGUAUUUCAAGUUCGAAAAUAUGUGGUUAGCAGUGGACGGUUUUGCUGAGAAAGUUCGUAACUGGUGGUCUUCUUAUCAGUUCUCAGGUACCCCUAGUUUCAUUCUUGCAGGUAAGCUAAAGGCCUUGAAGCAAGAUUUAAGGAGGUGGAACAUGGAAGUUUUUGGCAAUAUUGAUAAUCAGAAGACAAUCCUUUUGGAGGAACUUCAGGAAUUGGAGGAACAAUUGUUGUUGGGAAAUGCCUCUGAAGAAGCUUUGUUGAGGAAGAGUGUGGUGGUGACUGAAUUGGAGAGGGUCUUGGUGGCCAAUUCUCAUAGGCGCAACAACACUAUUGAGACUCUUACAGCAGGUAAUCAAGUACUUUCUUCUCCCCUUGAUCUAGAGAAUCACAUUGUGAACUACUAUAAGAAUCUGCUAACGGAGACGUUUGGUUGGAGGCCAAAGCUCGAUGGUCUGCCUUUUGAGUCCAUUGAUACGCAGAGUGUGAGCUGA